CUCAGACCGCUACUGUAACUUUACUUUUCCUUAUUCCCUACUUCAUAUUCCCUAUCGAUAAAAUCAUCGUCUAUCUCUUAUACUGGCUUCGCGCCCAUCAAAGCGUUCUCUCUGGCCUUUCAAGAAGCGCAACCGAAGGAAUUCGUUGAACGUAGUUGAUCGCAGUACGACAGCUCCACUUCCAGUGUCUUCACGCCAUUCCUCCCCUCAUCCAUCCCCGCAAAUGGUCCCGGAACUCACACAAAGUCCACCUACGAAAGCCAAUCUGAGAGCUUGGUGGAAUACUUUCACUUCGGCGCAGAAAGCGAAGAGGGACGGCGAAGGCAAGGAUGAGCCGGAAAACGCAGUCUUUGGGAAGCCUUUGAAAGAGAGUUUGAGAUAUGCAAGUGUGCAGAUAUCUACAGCCAAUGCGAAUGGUGAACUCUACGUCUGGGGAUACAUUCCUGUAGUUGUUGCCAAGUGUGGUCUCUACCUGAAGGAAAAUGCGACAGAAGUUGAGGGCACGUUUCGUGUGAAUGGUUCUGCAAAGCGUAUGAGGGAGCUUCAAACUAUAUUUGAGACACCACCGCGGUACGGCAAGUCCUUGGACUGGAAGCAGUCCCCGUAUACAGCCCAUGAUGUUGCAAGCGUAUUCCGGCGGUAUCUGACAAGAAUGCCUGAACCAGUCAUACCCUACGAAAUGUACCACGGUUUUCGAGAUGCAUUAGCCAAACAACCUUUCAAUCAAGAAGAAGUUAUUGCGACCUAUAAACGACUAAUACGGCAAAUGCCCCGUGCCAACCAAUAUCUUCUUCUAUAUGUUCUUGAUUUACUAUCAGUCUUUGCACGGAAAUCGGACAAGAAUCUAAUGACUGCUACAAAUCUCGCCGUUAUUUUUAGGCCUGGUUUAAUGUCACAUCCAGACCAUGAUAUGAAUCCAAAAGAGCAUGCACUCAGCCAAAAAGUGCUGGAAUUCCUAAUCGCUCAACAAGAUUGGUUCAUGCUAGACAUACCCCCUCCACCCACAAACGAGUCAGGAUCGCCAACUUCUUUGGUCUCAGAGGAGGAUGUCACGGUCUUUCCUAGUUCUGAUGAAGAACAUCAGGUCGGCGGAGGGUGGAAGCUGGUCGGGAGGGAACCAAAGCUCUCGCGGCGAAAGACGACCAUCGACGUUAUCCGUAACGCUGAUUUUUCUUCAGAGCCCCGGAGACCCACAACUCAAGAAGGGAAUCUAUCUCCAGUAGCCGAGAGUCCUCCUGCGAAACCUGCUGAUCCUGAAGGAGGUGCUCUCGGUGUCACACGAAGUCGGACGCUCCCUUCAGGACGAAGGGGUCCUUCUUCUUCUUCAGAGUCCACGAAUGCAACGGAACGGGAGGCUCGACGUGUUCUUCGCAAGCAGAAACGAGCCUCGUCAUCACAACCGAGUCAUAAAGGAGGGACUUGA